AAAGCAUGAAACAUGCAUGCAUGAAGAAGGCAUGAACAUAAAAAGACAUUAAAAUAUAUAUAUAUUAUAUUUGAGAGAACUUGUCGUAGAGGGCCAAUAGUGUCGUUUGAAAAAAACAGCGCCAGUCGGUCGCUCCGCCGAUCCAAAAUCUACUCGAACGCGGCACACACCGUACCGCCGGAGCUCCGAUCCCCCGGCCCGGCCCGGCCCCGAGCGUCUAGCAUGACCUGAGAUCUCCGGCCGCGAUAAAGCGAUAGCAAGUACUAAGUAGAUCCUGGCUCUUCGCUGUUUUUGGGAGGAACUCCUAUUUUCAAAGAUUGAAAUUCAGAAUUUCAAGACUUUCAACCAUGGCUGGAGCACUGUCACCUGAAAAAAUUACAGAGCUGAAACAGAUCAUUCAUAACCAGCUUAAUCAGAUGGAUGUCCAGACUCGCAUCCGAGACAUUCUGUCUGAAUCUUUACAAGACGACGGAGAGGGAGGAGGACCUGAGUUUGGAGAGAUGGAGCUACUGGAUGCGGUCCGCCAGAGAGGCUUGGUGGAGGAGAUUAUGGAAAGGCUUGAAAUCGGAGAAGGAAGAAGCAAUGUGAGGUCGAAGGUCGUGGGUCAGCCUUCGAGGGGUCGGGUCAAGCCAGCUACUCACUUUUUAGAUAAAGAGGCUCCAGUGACUACAGUGCCUCUCAAGAAAGCAAACAUAGACCCCACAAGACGCCAACUGUACUUUCACCUCCUCGGUGGCAAGGCAUUCCUAGAGCACUUGCAGGAACCCGAGGCCUUACCUGGUCAAACCACAUCGACCUUUACAAUCCACAUACACUUCAGAGGACAGAGGUUCACAUCCAGACCGGUCCCUUGUGCCUGUGAACCAGACUUCCGAGAGGGUUUUGUACUUGAGAUGCACAGGUGGAGUGGAGGAGAUGCUGCAAGAAUGGCUGAUGCUGGGACCCUCCUGUCACUCGCUGAUCCCAUCCACCUGGUACUCAUCAAGACGGAUCCUUCAGGAGAAACGUCUCUCAUGUCUUCGCACUUUCUUGAGUGGAGAACGGUUCUAAGCACCACCGCUGGCAGUCAGAACAUCCCUGUUGAGCUAUUAGGAGUAGGGUCUGAGUCUAAGGUUCCAGUGGGUAUUUUAGAAAUCAAGUUAGAAUUACUGCCUAAAAUGGACCAACUCCUGACUGAAGAAGUUGUUGCUACUCAGAUAUCUUUGGAAAGAAAUCGGAUUGCUGAGCGAGAGCGUCUCUUUCUGGUCUAUGCCAAGCAAUGGUGGCGGGAGUUCCUUCAAAUCAGAUCAACUCAUCAGAACAGGCUUGUCAAAAUAUUUGCUCAGGACGAGAACGGAGUCAACAGACCGGUAUGUGCCUUUGUGAAGCCGAUGCGUGGAGGUCGUCUUCUUGACUCGUCUCGUCACGCAGCCCGCUUCGUCAGCAUCAUGGGCUAUGAGAGAGUGUCUGCUGUAGGGGGUGGCCAACCGAGAGAGAUGUGGAGCAGCAUCCACGCCUUCCUCUCAAAAAACAAAGGGGACUGUGAGGACCAUGCCGUAUUACUGUGCAACUUCCUUCUUGGUUUUGGUCUCAAUGCCUUCAUCUGUGUAGGCACAAAGGGCAAAGGUCAAGCUCAUUCUUGGGUUAUGACCCUGGGGUCAGAUGGACUGGUCACCUUUUGGGAAAGCUUGACCUGUCAGAGGUAUAUUCAUCAUCAAGUGAAUCCCAAUGAUCCUCCUUCUGUAGAACAACCCAGACCACAGCACCCUUACAGGACAGUAGGCUGUGUCUUCAAUCACAAGGCAUUCUUUGCCAAUUGUCAGCCAUCUGACAACGUUGAGCUGUGCUGCUUUGAUCUUCAAGAUUCAUCAGUAUGGAAAGCCAUGAGUGCUGAUGCACUAGCAUCUGUCUGUGGGCCAUCUAACAUUACUCACUGGCCCAACAGUCCACCGUUGGUCCCAUCUCACCUGGAUGCAGCACAGGUUAGCAAUGAACUGGAGCUACAGCUUAGAGCUCUCACCAUAGACCACAGGAAGGACCUCGGAUUAACGAGUGUGUGGGACGAUGAGCUAAGCUACCUACUCAAUCCUGCUUUGGCUGCGUACGAGCUGGAGAGAAUGACAGGACUGUCUUCAGGGAACGAAGAAUUCCAGCAAGCCAUGAGACAGGCUGUUCCUGAUGGUCACACCUUCAAGGGAUUCCCCAUCCAGUUUGUUCAUCGCAAUGCUCGAAGAGUGUUUUCAAUGUGCCUCAGAUCACCUGUCUGUGAGGAAAUCAUCCGUUGCCGUGGCGACCAUGUGAGGCUGGCUGUGCGAGUUCGAACUUUCACCUAUCCCGAGUCGGCCUGUGCAGUUUGGGUCAUGUUUGCCUGCAAGUACAAGUCGGUCCUGUAGAGAAGAAAAUAAUGUCUUUCUUGAGCAGGAAGCGAAUUCACUCCUGUUAUUUGACAGAGUUAAUGCACUUCUGGGUCCAAAUGACAAAAUGUUGAUGUUAUCCAGAUGCACAGGGAAAAAUAUAUUGUGAAAUUUGUUUGUAACUUUGUACCAGGACAAUUACCCCCUAGAUAAUCACCCCUGGAAAAGGAACCCCUGUAAAACUACCCCAAGGAC